AUGAAGGCAAUCCAAGCUACCCCGAUCUUCUACUUCUUCCUUGGGCUACUUCUGACCGUAUCCUCUCGCGCACAAGAGCCCAUUGCCGACAGCGACAGGAGCUCCGUGGGAACUGGCCAAAUCUGCAAAUACAACCAAAUAUCAUCCAUGAACGUCCAAUUCUGCCAGUGCGACCAACUCAAAAGACCAGAAUGCCGGCACUGCGAUCUCAACAAUUGCAAAACAAAAAGCCACACUCACAGCGGGCUCACAUAUUGUGGCUUAGGCUGUAUCGACGACAACAGCGAAUGUGAUGCCUGCUACCUAUGGUUUCAAAAGCUAUGCCUCUGCUUGCAACACGGCUGUCCAACCCGAAAGGCGAGCUCGGGAAACUUCGACUGGGUCUUGAUGGACGACAACUUAAUUACGGCGACGCAGCUGAUUCCUGGUAUCCGAGAGCUGUAUGUCGAGGAUCCUUGGACAUGGGGUCAGCAGCUUUGGAAGCCGGGUAAGGGUGCCUUAGCCAUCAAUUCGGUGCGCACGCGUAGUCAGGAGCAGAUCCAUAUGCAUAUUUGCCGCGCUCAUGACGAAACGCAAAAAUUUUUGGGUCAAUUGGAUUUUACGCAAUAUCUGAAGGCCAUGACGGAAGUAACAGAGAAGAAGUGGAUGUGUCAGGCUGGUGAGACGGGUGCCACCUCUAUGGAUGGUAUCGUGGCUAAAGUUCAGGGCCAAUUGGCUAAUGACCGGUGGUGUCCUAAUUUUAUCGGGGCUGCUAUGAUUGCAGACUCAAAAGGUCGGAUUUGGGCGUGUGUGACGACUGAAGAAAGUGAGACUACCGAGUUCAGCUUUUGUUACUAA